AUGUCGUUCAGCCAAGAGACAUGCCUGCCAGAUCCGGCGGAGAUCGAUAGUGAGGGUUCGAGCUGCGAGGAGCGAGAAUCCCGUAGACGAUUGCUCGGUGAUUCGGAAGGGCUGCCGAAAAAGCGACGGAAACAGUCGACUCCCGUGAAGUUCUCGACUUCUCUAAGCAUGGACGAUUGCGACGAGUCGGAAGAAGAGUCGGCGGGCGAAAUUCAGGGAGCGAACAAUCACGACCAACGCGAGUAUAAUCAGCAGUGCGAGCUGGAAGGUAAGCCGACGGCAUCGCCGGAUUCUAAAUCCACCCAAGGCCAUCCGACGAACAAAGACGUUAAUCUGAACAAUGAAUUUCGCUGCGAGUAUUGUAGUCAAUUUUUUGAUAGUCGCGUUACGCUCGAUGUGCAUCUCGAAUCCGAACAUAAUUUUAAUUUUUCGAGUAACAAUGUUGCGCUACACCAGCAUCAACAUCAGCAGCAUCAACAUCAGCAGCAUCAACAUCAGCAGCAUCAACAUCAGCAGCAUCAGCAGCAUCAACAGCAGCAUCAACAGCAGCAUAAUUCGCAACAACAACAGCAGCAGCACAAUCAAGGUCUCUCGAAUAAUAACGACUCGCCACUAAUGCAAACCCAAUCGCGAUCAAGUCCCGAAACAAUCGACCAUGCCGAACAGUCCAUUAGUCCAAUCAAUCUUUCGGGCAUAAGUAUUCGAAACUUCGCGACGAGCGCCUCUUGGUUAUCGGGGCAGGGGCAAAUACAAACGCAGACUGACUCUCCGCUGGCGAAAAUUGCCGUGCGGAAUAACAAUCACUUUCAAACGAUGCCUACGGGCUUCCCGGGCCCACUCGCACAAUUUCUACCAAUGCCCGGUUUCCCACUACCAGAUUCCACGCAAAUUCAAAGAGCGGCUAUGGGACAAUUUCCAAAGAUAUUCAAUCCCGAUGCAUACUGUGAUCUCUGUAAUAAGGAAUUUUGUAACAAAUAUUUUCUCAAAACGCACAAGGCGAACAAGCACGGCAUUUACGUCGAUACGACGCCCAACAGCCAAUCCCAAGGUAGCGACGGCGCCCCAUCUAAUACGUUUGUUUCAACCUCCAGUCCCGGCGUUAACAGCCUCCCAACCAAUAUGUGCAUAAAAGUGGCCGAUCAGCAAUCUCCCAGAAUCGAUAAUAAUGCAAUGCAACAACAGCCGGCAAUACCGUGCGAUAUCUGCCCGAAGCGCUUCAAAAGCGACGACUCCUUACGAAAGCACAAGCAGAAAAUCCACACAAAUCAAGGCAACGAUAGCAUCGACUCCACUCAACCGCCAAUGACUCGGCCCUCUUCGUCCGAAGAGGAAAGACACAGCCCCGUGGGUAUGGAGGCGCUUUUUAAACAAGAGUACUGCGUGGAUCAAGAGGAAGCAGCUUACGGAUUAGCUUCGAAGCUCGUCGUUGGCCCCGCGUCUCCCCAAAUCAAGGAAUCGCCAUUUAACGGAGAGCACUGUCAUCGCCUCGUCGGCGUUAUGAAUCCUGAAGCAUUUUGCGAAAUGUGUUGCAAAGAGUAUUGCAAUAAGUAUUUUCUUCGUACGCACAAGCUCAAACGCCAUGGGAUUUUAAUUACAGAUAGCGACAAAUCCCCGAGUAGCUCGAAUCCCGGCAUCACUUGGCAUCAAAUUCAGACAAGCCCGUUGAAUCUGAUAAUGACGGACAGCCUUGGCAAUGGAUCGGAAUCAGGAGAUCGCACCGAGGAAUACGCCUGCCGAUCUUGCGGCAUUCGCUUUCAGACGCUGGGCCUCUAUCAUUUGCAUGUCGAGAAAAUUCACGAUAAUGGGGGUCAUUCGUCGCCGCGAGCCGAUCACGAGGCUGAUUUAACGGACCAGCGAGCCGACUCGAUAUCCGAGGAUCUCCAAAAGCUGCAAACGAUGAUUUUACAAUUGAACGGCUUGGAGUCGAACAAAGCGGCCUCCUGUGCUCUAUGCGGCAAGGAUUACGACACACCGGCCGCUUUAAGAAAUCACAUGGUUGCGGAGCACGGAGUGAUACCUGAGAACCUUACGUCGGGCGAGCCCCAACGUGUACCGAGCGAAAAGUCAUCGCCCACGACGACCGUCGCGCAAGUAUUGUGCACCUUGUGCGAGAGGGAAUUCUGUAACCAGGAAGCACUAAGGAAACAUAUCGCUGAGGAUCAUCAACCGUUAACGCCAACGAGCUCGACCCCACAGCUACCAUCCUCCGUCACGUCCACCCCCAAAUCAAAUUCGUCCCAGCAAAUGGAGCGUAAGGCAAUUGCCUCAAUCACGCCCACAUCGAGCUACUGCGAAAUCUGUAAUAAGGAAUUGUGCAACAAGUAUUUCAUGAAGACCCACAUGCAGAAGAUGCACGGCAUCGAGAUCGAGAACGGCGCCCAAAUUGGCGGGGUCAUUUGCAACAUAUGCAAGAAGGAGCUCUGCAGCAAGUACUUUUUACGGGUUCAUAAGCAAAAUACCCACGGUAUUGUCGAGGAGGGCGCCGGCCUCGGCGAUCUCAGUCUUCGCUACAUCACGCACUUCACCGAAGUCUGCCCGAUCUGCAAUCGGCGCUUCCGCAGCUCCAAGUGGCUCAAGGUCCAUCUGCAGGGAGAGCACGGCAAAGCCGGUAUUGAAAAGUGGCGGGAAAUCGAGCAGUAUCAGCAGGCGAGCCCCAAGACCCCGGCACGCGUCCCCAAUAUCCCUAAGAGCGGCCAGCAUCAGCAUCACCUUCGGAUACCAAACGGCUUCGAGCCGGCGCAACAAUUAAGGACCGACCUGGCCAGCCUGGGUAAUCAAGUACUGUCAAAUUUCUUUGGCAACACGAGCGACGAUCAGCCGGCCCAAAACUACCGCUGCUCCCAGCUCCAUUGCAAUUUUUCCACCUCCAUUUUGCCCCUGUUUUUCUUACACGAAAGGUCCCACAGCAAUCAUCAACAUCAUAAUGAAGAGAGCGCGAGCCUGGAUAGCGAGAGGACAAUACAAUGUCCGAUAUGCAAUCAUGUAUUCGGGCAGCCUGAAAUGCUCCGCCAGCAUAUAAUAUCACGGCACCCGAGUCCGUUCCCAGGACUACUCUCCCAGUUCCCAAUACCGUUGCUCAACGACUUUAAUUUAAGCAACGAUCAACCGCCUCGUUAUCACGAGCGAGGCGAUUACGGGGACGCGAAGGAGGAUCUGCGCCAGCCUACUCCACCCCACAUCAUGAAUGAGAUCGACACGAACAAGAUGAAGAAACAGGAAGAGAACAAUGCUGUGCAGGUGAUGCCACAGGGGGCGUACAAGUGCGCUCAGUGCGGCUUCGCCACGGCCAAUCUCAAUCGCAUCAAGAAGCACAUAAGAAAGGACCACAAGAGCCUCGGAGAUCCCGCGGAGACGGUACUCACCGAGCUAACAAAAACCCUCAAAGACGUGGCGAACAAGCACAAGGUCCCGGCCAGCUACGCCAUGCCCCAAGACAUCAAUCUCACGCCAGACAAGACCAUUAUGCAACCGUUUAUCAUCGAGGAGAUCGAGAGUCCGCAUAAUGGCGGCGGCCCCGUUUGCAACAACAAGGACAGCUUGAACUCGGCCUCCAGGAGAUUCGCGCCAGCCCUCGUUUUCCUGCCGGUUAAGACAAGGGUUAACGGCGCCCUCACCAUGUCCUUCACCCUUAAUCCUGCCUGAGAUGCCUCGACCCCAAUCCCCAUCUGCACAGCCGGCGAAUCAUUGCACGAGCACGUGGUUACUGGUUCCUAAUUCAACAAUUAAUUAAC